UUUUAAUUUAAAUUCAAAUUCAAAUUCAAAUUCAAAUUCUGAGUCUCAAACAACAAAAUCUGAAUCGAUCAAACAAAGCUAGGGUUUCUUAAUUGGGGCGAAAGUGAUGCUGACGGAAGGAGGGAUAUUGGGAAUUUGCAGUGACGAUGGUGAAAGGCUUAAUCAGGUGGUACUGCAAGUUAUCGACGUGAAGCCGUUGCAGACACCGCCGUUAGCCGGCACUGUCGACGGGUACCGUGGCCUUACUUUCUCUGACGGUUCCCAUUGUAUCGUUGGAUUUAUCACCAAGAAACUGGAAGAAUUGGUUCAAUAUGGAAAAUUGAAGAUAGGUUCCAUUGUUGCGCUUACUCACUACUUUUUCAGCCAAUUCAAGAACCGAAAGGUUCUUAUCAUCAUGGAGCUAGAGAUCGCAAGCUUCAAAUGUGAUUAUGUGAUUGGAAAACCUGUUCCACUACACAACUUAGGUGAGAUUCUGCCAGAGGGGAAUGUACCAUUGUCUUAUGCUGACGAGGACCUCCCCAAUCGUUCCCAGGCUAAGGAGAAGAGGAAAAAGAGGACAGCCAAAGAAUCUAUCCCAAGAUUGAAACUUGCUUUGACGAAGAAAGCUGAGUUGGAAAAGGUAGUCAGUGAGCUUUGCACUGCACAGUAUAAACUCGGUUUCAAAAAUGCUCAAGCUCAAGCGGUCUUGCUAAGCUCUGUAGGCGACGACCUUUCUGCUAUGAACAUGCUCAAAGUGGUGAAGAAUGGUGAGAUUGUUAGUGAUGAUGAGGAGGAAGAAGAAUAAGAAGAGGGAGAACCGUCUCAUGCUGGUGCACAGUCCAACUACGGGAAAUCAAAGGCAAACAUAAUGUUCCCAAGUUUGAGGUUGAACGACGUAUGAACACCUCUAGUUAGCAUGUGUAAUUAGUUUUGAAACCGACUUUGAAUUUCUUUUGGUUUUAUUGGCAUAACGUUGCCCCUAGUUCUGGAUAAUACGUGAUAUUUUGUUCGGCCUUGCAUUUGAUGAAUAUUGAUACAUAUUUCGGCUAAGUUUGUGCCACAUGCAUGUGUGCAUGUUUAAAAUAUUACGAUUUGUUAAGCCAUAUAUGAAUUUAGAAAUGGAGACCUUCAAUCUUUUCAAAUGCUCUUCUAAUUCUGAUAUGAAAGGAUGAGGUGCACAGAAGGCAACCUAUUGCAGCCAGUAUGCAGAGACCUCUUUGUCAUUUUCUCUUACUAGAACACGAGAGGGUUAAAGGUUGGGUGAUAAAAUGUAGAGUUUCUUUAAAGUGGAGACUACGUUUCAGUGGUUUAGUCCACCUUCACAUAUAGCACACAAGCGAAUAAUGGAGACAAGAAAAAUAUUUGUCUGCCCUCAAGAAAUGAAAACUAGAGACUAUGUUUCAGUGGUUUAAUCUACCUUAUAUUUCUUUGAUUAUCAGCUUCCUAGUUAUUAUCUGCCAAAGGCGACAAUGAUUCCAAUGCAUUCUGCGUCCGUCUCAUCACUGAAUUUUUAACUUGGCAGCACAUGGAUAAAUUAAACGCCUAAAAAAACUCAAGCCUUCUUCCAAGUCUUGAAUAAGCAGCUGCAGUUUCUCCAACUGGUUUUUGUGGCCUUAUCAUGUUUUCAAAUUUGUUUGAUUGCAAUGCUUCAUCAAGUUGGGCAAAUUCAAAUUCAUUUACCAAUUUGUUUGGUCUGCAUUAGCUUGGAAAUCAAAAUCCAGCUGGUACUUGACUUUGAUUCUGUUGUCCCUGAG